UCGUUCCUAGAACAGCCGGAGCCGGGAGCAACAACAGGAAGAAGAGACUUCGGUUUCACUCCGGGGUUUGUGAAACUGAGGGGUGGCGCCGGCUGCGAGCUGAAGUGGGAGGAGACGGGCCGCCGAGACCGCAUAAAAGGCCGGAGCUCGGGAGUAGCGUCGAGCUUGUCCUCGGCUCGGGGAGUUUGUGGAGAAAGCGGUGGAUCGGCUGGUGAGGGGCGGCCGGGCGAUUUAUGACACAGCGUCGGGGAGGGUGAACGCAGAGACGGUCUGCGGACACUCCUUGAUGUAAGGAGGAAUGGCUGGAUGUACGAGGCCAGGAGCAGGCAGUCUCUCGGCCGCUGCUGUGGGGCCCCUCGGUAAGGUCACCCUGGUCAAGACACACAGCCUGGACUACAUGAGGAAGAGGAAGAAUGAUGAGCGGCUGCUGCGGACUCUCAAGCACCUGAUCAGGAAGGAGCGGGUAGGGGCCAGCCAGAAGCUGCCCGUGGUCACCAGUCCCGGGCCUGUAACCCCUCCGGUCCUCGACCACCUGACCUUUGCCCUGGGCCAGCCAUGCGACCCGCCAAAGCCGCUGGACCUCCUCCCGGCGCCCGACUGCUGGGCCAGGCCCAGCUGUGCCGUGCCCCCGACGAUGGAGAACAUGGAGACGGAGCUGAGGGAGGCCGAGGCCCCGGGCCUGGCUCAGCCCUGUGACCCGACCGAGGAGGACAUGAGCCUGGACCACCUGCUGGACGUCCUGACCCAGCUGCAGUACCACACCCACCAGGAGGAGGGCCAGAGUGUCUGCUGGCACUUCCUGGUGGGCGCCUGCCCCCACGGAGACGGCUGCCCCCAGCACCACACUGCCCUGCCCUACCACUGGCAGCUGAGGCAGGCGGCCAGCCAGAGGUGGCAGAGCGUGCAAGAGGACUCCCAGGAGGCGCUGGAGCGCUUGUACUGCGACCCGGAGCGGGAGAAGGUCACACUGAGCUACAGGGGCAGAAGUUUCUUGGCUGACUUUGGUCAGAUGUCGAUCCAGGGUGCCACCUUCGACAGGCUGAGGCGCCUGUGUACUUCAGAUACUGAUCCCUGUAACACCUUCCGAACCAUCUGGAAACACUACUGGAGAGACGCCUUCGAGUGGAAGGAGUACACAGAGUCGGUUAACCAGGACUUCAACGAGGCCCUGCAGCAAGGCCUGGCCAUCAGGCACGUGAUGGUCAGCAGGAACCAGCGGUACCAGGUGGACCUCAACGCUGGAUUCCAGCAGAACAUCUCUACGGGCACCAAGCGGCGCAUCUGCCGCCGGCCACUGUUCCAGUCGAUCGUCACCCUCCUCCCGUACCUCAAGACCCUGUCGGGAGGUCCCGACCUAAACUCCUCGGCGCCGAGUGGGAACACCACAACUCCAUCACCCGCAUCCAACAGCAGCCAGGGUUACCCUGAAACCUGGAUCCCCAUGGACCCGAACGUGGACUUCAUCAAAGUGCCCAUGGCCCUUGACGAUAAAGCCUACGGCGUGGUCUACCGGCUCUUCCACAAGACCAUGCCCGAGACCAAGUUUCUCAUCCUCGGCAUACAGCGGGUGCAGAACCAGUUCCUCUGGGACAAGUACAAAAGGAAAAAGCUGUACAUGAGCCGCAAGACGACAGAAUGCGAGAAGCACCUGUUCCACGGCACGUCGCCCCCCUCCAUCGACGGCAUCUGUAAGCACAACUUUGACCCCCGCGUCUCCGGCCGCCACGCCACCCUCUACGGCCAGGGCAGCUACUUCGCCCGCAAGUCCAGCUACUCCCACAGAUACGCCCGGCCGUCCGAGGACGGCAGCCACUACAUGUUCCUGUCCAAGGUCCUGGUGGGCCGGUACACGGUGGGGAAACCGACCAUGAGGAGACCGCCGGCCAUCGUCCCCAACGACCCCAGCAGCGACCUCUUCAACUCCUGCGUGGACAGCUUGGAAGACCCUCAAAUCUUUGUCCUCUUCGAGAACGACCAGUGUUUCCCUUACUUUAUAAUCAAGUACAAGGAGGUGGAGGAGUCGGUGGCUGUCAGUUGAGGAGGCUGUCCCCACCUUGGAUAAUCAGCCAGACUACUCCGAUGGCCCCAGCCUCUUCAAGGUCAGGAGUAACAGGGAGCAGGGGAAGACGACCCCCGUCCUCCAGGCAAUCUCCCGCUGUGUCCCAGCCUGGAAACAUAUCCCUGCCCCUCCUUCCUCAUGGAGUCCCAGUGGUGGGAACCCCUCCCCAACAGUGCCUUCACCAGACCGGUUCUGGAAGGCAGCUCUUCCUUCACCCCUCCACAAGGACAAACGGGGAAAAGCUGACGUUCAAAGAGGAAGUUGUGAAAUGUGAAACUGUGGCAUGAAGGGGACCGUUGGAGAGCAUGGACUGUAGCCGGGAGAAUCGCCUGCCGCCAGUGUUGCCUCCUUCUGCACUUGUAGACUUUCUUUGUAAAAUUACCCUCCUUUUUAUAUUUAAGAAUGUAUCGGUUUUGUUUUUAAAUACAUCUGGGUCCCGGAGGGUUGUGGAGGUUGGGGUAGGUGAAGAGAAGGCGUACUGUACCCUGAGCAGGGCGAGGGACGGGGGCGAUCGGGAACUGGUACAGAUGAGGAGGUGAGGAUUGAGGUGGAUUAGCAUGGAAGGGUGUGGAGGUUUGAGGGGCCGAGUGGCCUGCACCUGUUUUUAUGUGUGCUUCACGUUUAGUUUGCUAACACCGCUUUGCAAAGGAGUUAGUGUUGCAGUGUUGUACAGACUCUUCAGCCCAUCUGGUAAAUACUGACCAAGAUUCCCAUUCUGGCCAGUGCUACUUGUCCACGUUUGACCCAUAUCCCCUAAACCAGGGGUUCCCAACCCUUUUUUAUGCCAUGGACCCCAAGUUGGGAACCCCUGCACUAAACCUUUUCUCUCUACAUUCCUGUCCAAUUAACUUUGAAAUGUACCUGCUUCAACCACUUCCUCUGGCAGCUCGUCCCGUUUACAGAUCACCCUCAGGGUUCCCUAAAGGUUAACUUGCAGCUUGAGUCGGUGGUCAGGAAGGCAAAUGCGAUGUUAGCAUUCAUUUCGAGAGGACUGGAAUGUAAGAGCAAGGACAUGAUGCUGAAACUGUAUAAGUCACUGCUCAGACCCUUUGCCGCCCUGUGAUGCUUGUAGCUGUGGGUCCCUCUGUUCCACAAUGCUCCCCAAGGUCCUGCCACUCACUGUGAAACUCCUGCACGGACUGUCUUCCCCAAAUUCAGUAUCUCACUCUUCCAGACUAAAGUGCAUUUGCCAUUUCUCAGCCCGCCGACUGAGAGCCCUCUGUAAAUCCUGGUAGUUAUCUUCUCUGUGACUGCGGGUGGGGCAGUGAUCCACGAGGCUUAAGAACUGUCCGGAGUGGGUUACACCGUACUGUAUUUGUCAAUGUGGAGCAGAGGGCGGGAGCAAAGGAUGUUCGGAAUGACAAGGGUGUAGCGCCACAGGAGGGGUGCGGGACAGGCAGCAGAAAAGGAAUAACGGGGGUGGUGUGGGUGCAGACACACCCAGCCCUGAGAAACAAGGCGAGGUCUUUUGAUUGCAAACAAUUGGUUUAUUGAUCAUUACAGAAUGUGUCUCUGGUGCUUCCCGUUCCCUCCCCUCUCCCUUCCCCUUUCUCCCCAAUCAUGACUCCCCUCUCCCUUCCACAAUAGAGACCCAUAUCAGAAUCAGGUUUAUCAUCACUCACAUGUCAUGAAAUUUGUUUGUUUUGUGGCAGCAGUACAGUGCAAUAUAUAAAAUUACUACAGUACUGUGCAAAGGUUUUGGGCCCUAACUGAUGUGUAGACCUAAGACAGCACUGUGCUGUGUAGAUAGUGCCUUUACUGGACAGCGCCACCUCCCCUGGCAAUAUGCUGCAGAUCCCAGCCCCCCCAGGGGAAUAAACUUCAGCCUAACCCUCUUGCUCCUUGCCCAGAUCCUGGUUUUGGAGACCUCUGCUGUGAGAGGGUAGGGGGGACAUUCCCCACCCUCCAUCAUCUCUGCCCGUCAUACCUCUGUCUCUGGUGAAGAGGGGAGAGAGCUGGCGUCCCAGGUCCUUCGGCAGAGCUGGGGAGCGGUGCAGCAGGUAGUGCGGCUGUCUGUCAGUUCCUGUGACCUGGGUUUGACCGUGACCGUUCAUGCUGAGAUCAGUGGGCAGCUAGUGGUCAGCGCAAAUUCGAUGGGCCGAGGAACCGGCUACCACUCAGUCUCUCUCUACAGACUCAGGGCGAGAGAUGAAGUGUGGAUGCAGAUCUUUUGGCCCAUCGAGUCUGUGCUGCCCACCAACCAGUCACACAGAUCGCACCCCUCCCCACCACCCACACACUCAGGGAGCUUUUACAGCAACAGAUUGACCCACAAGUGCUGGGUGGAGCCCUCACCCCAGAUUUUAUUGGGGACAGGAGGAGGCCAUUCAGCCUCUCAGUCCUAUCCCCACCAUCAACGUCCACCCAGCCAGUGUCAACAAUUCCGGUCCCCAUCUUAGUAACACGACGGUGCGGGUCAGAAGGUCCAGUUGGUUUGCCUGGUGUGGCCUCUUGUCUGUGUGACCACAGGAUUGCCGGUAGAGGAAUUCGGCAUGUUGAGCAGUGGCUGUGAGGAUAACUUCACCCUCUUCUCUUCCCCUCCUGCCCCCCCCCAGCAACAUCCUUGUAAAUUUUCUCUGUACUCUUCAACCUUGCUUAGAACUUUCCUGACCAAAACUGCCCACAAUACAGGUGCUGUUUAAAUGACACUAUUGUACCUGCCUCGACCACUUUCACUGGCGGCUUAUUCCAAAGACUCACCACCCUCACGGGGAAAAGUUACCCCUUGGGUCUCUUUAAAUCUUACACCUGUGCCCCCUGAUUCUGGACUCUUCUACCCCGGGGAAAAGAUUGUGACUGUCUAUCUUAUCUAUGCCUCUUUUAAUGCAAGAUUCGGGAUUGUUUGUUGAGGACAAAAUGAUUGGUUCUGAUGUAAGUAUCAUCCCUCUGCGAUAGCGGUCUGGCCUGCUGAGUUACCCCGCGCACCCUGGGGUCUGCUUCCAUCUCUCCCUUUUAAACUUACCCGCCUCACGGUGAAACUUGUAAUACAACAAAAUUUCUUUAAAAACAAGUAGUAAAUUAAAAGUUUGCUGAGCUGUUUAAGAUAGACAUCCAGUGGUUCAGAAAAGCAAGCACCCGAGGAUUAUCAGACUGUUACUGAAAAUUCUCCGUAAUCGUCCUCCUUAAUCAAACCCUUCCCGGCCCCAGUCUCUGUCCCCAGUCCCUCCUUCCUCAUAGUGUAGUACUGGUUUACUCUUGCCACCUACACUCGGGUAAUCCCACCAUUUAUUGUAGUACUGAAAGACAACCAUGAAUUUCAGAUGUGACACUACUGGACGCAUCUUCUAGGAAAUGCUUGUCAGUCACAUGAUAAAAUAAGACCAUAAGAUGUAGGAGCAGAAUUAGGCCAUUUGGCCCGUCCUGUUUGCUCUGCCCAUUUACCUGUGAGCCUUAAUCUCCUGUAUUCUCUCAAUAUCCCUCAUGUCCUGACUAAUCGAGAAUGUUAUCAACCUCUGCCUUAAAUAUACAUGAAGACUUGACAUUCAGAGUUGUCUGUGGCAAUGAUUUUUACAGAUUUGCCACUCUCUGGCUAAAGAAAUCCUUCCUCAUCUCUGUUCUAAAUGGGCAUCCUUCUAUUCUGAGGCUGUGCCCUCUGGUCCUGGACUCCCACUGCACAGGAAACAUCCGGUCCACAUCCACCCGAUCAAGGCCUUUCAACAUUCGAUAGGUUUCAAUGAGAUCCUCCUCUCUUUCAUCUGAAUUCCAGUCAGUAGAGGCCCAGAACCAUUAAGUGCCCCUCUUUCCUUCCUGGAAUCAUUCUCAUGACCCUCCCCUGGAUCCUCUCCAAUGUCAGCACAUCCUUUCUUGGAUUAAGGGGCACAAGCUGCUCACAGUACUCCACGUGAGGCCUCACUAGUGCCAUCUGAAGCCUCAGCAUUACAUAAUGCAGUUAAAGGAGGAAAAUACUUCAGCCAGGGAGUGGUGAAUCUGUGGAAUUUGUUGCUACAGGCGGCUGUGGAGGCCAAGUCAUCGGGUUUACUUAAAGAUUUUUGAUUAGUCAGGGCAUCAAAGGUUACAGGGAGCAGACAGGAGAAUGUUAUGGAAAGGGAAAUGGAUCAGCCAUGAUGGAAUGGCAGAACAGACUCGAUGGGCUGAAUGGCCUAAUUCUGCUCCAAUGUCAUACGGUUUUGUGAUACAGCUCUCUGUGUGCGUCCCAAACUGGUCAUUUCAUACAUCAGGUUACUAAGCAGAACAGAGUGUUAGAGUUACGGAGAGAGAGAGAGAGUGCAGGCAGAUAACAAGGUGCAAGUGAGGUUGAUUGUGCAGGAGAUCCAAUCGAGAGUCUGAUAACAGCGGGCUAGCAGCUGUCCUUCAGCCCGGUGGUACGUGCUUUCAGGCUUCUGUCUGAUGGGAGGGGGGAGGAGAGAACAUCUGGGGUGGGCCGGGCCUUCGAUGACCCUGGCUGCUCUACUGAGGCAGUGAGGAAUGUCGAUGGAGCCCACGGGGGGUGGGAGGAGGAGUUGGCCGACUUCCGUGAUGUGCUGAGCUGUGCCCACAGCUCUCCGCAGUUUCUUGUGUUCACAGGCAGGGCCAUCACUGUACCAAGCCGUGACACGUCCAGAUAGGGUGCUUUCAGCGGCAUGUUGAUAAGUCACGUUGAGUGGGACAGACCGUACUGAGAGAGCAAGAAACACUGUGAUGACAGACUGCUGGAAAACACUCUGCUGGUCGAGCAGCAUCUGUGGGGCAAGCGUUUCUGGUCAGACAGUAUUCUGCAGAAGGAUCUUUGACCAGAAUGCCUGCCUCCCUCGUUAGCUGCCAACUAUUCUGCUGAGUAUUCGCCGGCAUCUUCCCCCUCCACCAUGGCCCUUCCCUCAGCCGAGGAAGAGAGUCGAAAAGCUGGAGGUUUGUGCUCGAUCAGAGCUGGAAUGCUGGGGGUAGGGGGGUGAGGAGAGAGAGUGUGGACAGAAAUCUGUCAGAAUGCACUGGGGAUGCAGAUACUUAACCAACAGGCAAAGUCCCUGGGGUGUUAUUUCUCAAUACAAUUUGAAAAGGAAAAUUUAAGGACUAAAGUGCAACAAAAACCCACUUUUAUGAUUUUUGUAAGAUCAGCAGAGUCUGGAAACAGGCCCAAGUCAUCCAUUCUGACCAAGAUUUACAUCCGAGCUGGCCCAUAUCCUUCCAAACCUUUCCUAUCUUUGCAAAGGGAGAUGGUCAACGCCUCCGUGGCCCGGCCCAAGUGGAGUCCGGUGUCAGCAGUGUGGUCUGUUAGGGGUGACGAGGAGGGCCAGAUAAUGACGACAUAUUUGGACGAUUUUAUUCCCCCACCCCCCUCACCAUUCUGUACUGGAAUGGAAACUGAGCCAGUUCCUGCCGUGAGCCAGCUCUCCCCACCAUCGCACAGCAUGGCGGAUCAGUGGGUCAAUCUCAGGGUUUUCUACCUGUCGGGACCACGCCAGCCCCUUGGGCAGAGCUACAGACUGAGUCCUGGAACUGGGACUCCAGUUCAGGGUCUGGGUUGGAGAUUCCGACCAAAGCUCCGGGUACUGCCCUGUCAAAUUAUGGAAAGCACUACCGAUUAGGAUUAAUUUAUUCCGUUGUCUUUGUAAAAUGGAAUGGAAGGACAAGCAAUGUGA